AUGGUUGAAUUCUCGGAUGCACGCUCGAAAACACGAGUCUGUCAAGGUGUUGUAAACCAAGAAAAAAAAAAAGGAAUGGCAACAAAUGCUUCAGAAAUUCCUGUAUCGAAACUACUCAAGCAGGAAAUCGGAAUAAGCGAUGUGCAAGAAGGACGGAAAAGUAAAGAUGAAUAUAGAAAGCAAAAGGAUUUGGAAGAAGAACAAAAAUUAGGUAUAGCUCCAGCAACAGUGGAUGUCGUCACAGGGCGUGAUAUUAAUCCGCAUAUUCCGGAAUUCAUUGCAAAGCAUCCAUGGUAUGUGCCUGCUGAUGGACCUACUCUACAGCAUCAAAGGCCGCAUGAAGAGAGACAAAUUAAAUGGUCAUCAAUUGAUGAUUGGUAUAAAAGAGGUGUAACAAAUGAAAGAGCGACGAAAUUUCGAAAGGGUGCCUGUGAAAACUGUGGUGCUAUGACGCAUCGAAAGAAGGACUGUUUAGAGAGACCUCGUAAAGUAGGUGCCAUGUGGACAAAUCAGGAUAUUGCUCCAGACGAAUAUGUUCAGCCAAAAUUAACGCUUGGUUGGGAUGCGAAACGGGAUCGAUGGAAUGGGUAUGAUCCACAGACGUACAAGCAAGUUGUUGAGGAACACGAGAAACUGGAGCAGACAAGGAAGCUUCUCCGGGAGGAAAAGAUGAAGGGAGAACUUUUGAAAGAAGAAUUGGAAGCGGGAGAAGGUACCCAUCAUAUGGUAGAAGAACCUGCAGAUGAAGAUAUGUAUGCCGACGAUGCUGAUAUGGCAGGUGUAACAGUUGAUAUGGAUUCGCGUACACGAAUCACUGUGAGAAAUCUUCGUAUUAGAGAAGACACUGCAAAAUAUCUCUAUAAUUUGGAUCCGAAUGGGCCUUAUUACGAUCCAAAGUCGCGUUCGAUGAGAGAGAAUCCAUUUGCAAAUGUACCUGGAAAAGAGAAAGAGGCAGCUAAAUUUGCUGGUGAGAAUUUCAUACGUUAUACAGGAGAAGUAGUACAAGCUAAUGAAGCGCAGGUAUUCGCAUGGCAGGCCCGUUGUAAAGGAAUUGAUGUGCAUGCAUUAGCUGAGCCUACAAAACUGGAAGCGAUGAAAAAAGAAUUUGAGCAACAAAAAUUGAGUGCGAAAGAAGAGCAUAAAAGAAAAUUGUUGGAAAAAUAUGGCGGCGAAAAAUAUUUACAUGCACCACCGAAAGAAUUGUUACUAGCACAAACAGAGAAUUAUGUAGAGUACAACAGAAAAGGAAAAAUAAUCAAAGGUGAAGAACGACGAGUGGUACUAAGUCGUUAUGAAGAAGACAAGUACUUGAAUAAUCACAAAUCUGUUUGGGGGUCUUAUUGGAAAUCUGGUCAGUGGGGUUUCGCAUGUUGUCAUUCUUUAGUAAAGAAUUCAUACUGCCUUGGUGAAGCUGGUAAAGCUAUAAAUGCAACAAACGCAGAAGCAACUGUUGCACGGCAAAAUGUAAUCACAAACACUGGUCCAAGUAUCAAGCAAGAAACUGCUGAUAAAGCAUCGGAAAAUGAACAAGAAGGGGACGAAAAUUCUUCUAUUGGUAGUGAAUCAUCUUCAGACACAUCUGAUUCCGAGCUGGAUGUUGAGGAAAAAAGAGAACGAGAAAAAGAACGACAGUUUGAACUUGAGAGAGUUAAACGCGACGAAAGAAGACGUGAAAAAAAGAGGGAAAAGAGAAAGCGACAAAAAGAGCGGAAAAAUAAAAAUAAAAAAGCAAUGAAGUUAAAGAAAAGUUCGGAUGGGAUUUCAUCGGAUGAUGAAAAGAAAAAGAAUAGAGAACUUGAACAGGCAAUCAAAAAGAUCAAUAAGGAUCGGGAAGAUGCUGAAGAAAGUAUCCAGCUGGGAGAUCGAAAACGACGCUAUCAUUCCAAUUAUGACGUAAGCGCUCCUACACCCGCUGAAAUGGAGGCCUAUAAAUUGACGAAAAUUCAUGCAAAUGAUCCAAUGGCCUCAUUUAUAAAAAAGCGUCAGAGGAAACAUUCGAAAAAGCACUGA